AUGACAGAAUCAUCAACUUCUGCAACAGGACCUAGAACCACAGAUCCCACAAAACGCGGUCUGAACGAAACGGAUACAGAUGUUGGAGGUAUAGUUGGUGGAAUAGUUGGUGUUAUAUUAGUUAUUGCUAUAGUCGGUGCUGUCAUAUUCUUUUAUAAGAGGAGAGACCAAACAGAUAAGUCACCGACUAAAGCUGCCCAUGUUAGUAGAAAUGUUCCAAAUCAACGACAUCAAACUGAUUCGGCUUUACCUAGAAACAUAACCCCUCAUUAUUCAGAUAUCAAGUUGGACAAUACCACGUGCCCUUCACGUGAUCAUUAUAAUUAUAUUGGACAGACAGCUGCCGAGGAUAACUACCACCAUAUUGGAGGGAACCAAUCAAACACCGUUACUGAUGAUGCCUAUAACCAUAUUGGUGAACAUAAUAAAACUGGACUGGAUAGUGGUGGCUACCAUCAUAUUGGUGGUAAUCUCGGACGUCAAAGGAUAACGGACGUUACUUACAAUCAUAUUGGUGGUAAUCAUGGACACCCAGUUGUUGCUGAUGGUACUUACAACCAUAUAGGGGGGAGUCAUGGACAUCCAGUUGUGGCUGAUGGUACAUACAACCACAUUAGUGAUAGUAAUGGACACCCGAUCGUGGCUGAUGGUACAUACAACCAUAUUGGGGAUAGCCAUAGACAUCCAGUCAUGACUGAUGGGACAUACAACCAUAUUGGUGAUAGUCAUGGACAUCCAGUCGUGGCUGAUGGUACAUACAACCAUAUUGAAGGUGAUCAUACCGUUGAUAAACAAGAAGGGGAUUAUUCAUUGGCUAAACAUAAUUAAUAUAAAUAUAUCACUGGGUACUAAACAUAAUUAAUAUAAAUAAAUCACUGGGUAAUAAAAAUAAUUAAUAUAAAUAUAUCACUGGGUACUAAACAUAAUUAAUAUUAUAUAAAUAUAUCACUGGGUACUAAACAUAAUUAAUAUACUAUAAAUAAAUCCCUGGGUACUAAACACUAUUUAUAGUAUGUAGAACAAGAACAGUAAAUUAUUGUUUUACUUAUACUUGUUAAAUAAUAAAUUAGCAUAUCUAUUGAACAUGAUUAUAGACCGUGGAUACGGUUGCUACUACGAGCUCUGGUUUGCGGUCGUGGUUUCGAUCUCUGAGCGUAUGUGGUUUCGAGAUAGGGACGCCUUCUCAACCUCGUUGGUUUACUUUGGGUACUUCGGUUUCCUUCUACAGGAAAGACCCCUGCGCGUGCACUAAAGGUUAUAAAUUUAGACAACUUAAACACUAACAAGGACCAAUACAAGGUUACUCGCACAACACUUGUCUUCCAGUACAUUUAACCUGACAUUAUACAAUUUAGUGGAUUUAUUAAAGUAAAAAAAACCCCGAUAUUUGAGGGUUGACAUAUCCUCGUAGCAACUAUAUUCGGAGACUAUUAUUACCCGACCUAAUAAAUAAUUACAAAUUAUUCAAAGUUAUGUGUCACAAUGGUCUUAUGCUGCAUAAUAUACUUACAGUCAUCAAUUAUGAUGUUAUCUUGUAUAUUAAGUGUCGAUUGCGUCGUUU